AUGGGCGCCCAUAUUGGAAAUGCCACCACUUGGACGAUCCCCGGGUUGCCCUCGUUGACCAUUCCCGCCCAACCAGGCGAGUACGUCGAUGCUGUUGUCUCGACAUUCCGGGAUGAGCAGCAGCUGGAGCUGCACCUCAUCUCCGCCAAGUACUCGCUCGAGUGGAUCCACCGCGAGCUGGCCGUCACGCAGACGCUCGCCAAGCUGAACAACCCCAGGAAGGGCGACCUGGCUGUGACCCGAAUCGGCCCCCAAAAAGUCUGGUAUCGUGCGGUGGUGCUCAACCGCGAAACGGCCGCUGAGGUCCAAAUCAUGCUGCUCGACUACGGCACGCUGGAGCUGGUCGAUUUUCGCGAGUUGUUCGACAUGCCGGCCACCGUACGCCACAUUCCGCCCCUCUCCUUCCCGCUGGCGGUGCCGAAGCCGAUGCUGAUCGGCGUUCGCGAGGAGGACAUGCGCACCACCCUCAAGCAGGCCAAGCUCACGUUCAAGCUCGGCGCCUCGACGGACGGCUUCGUGUUCAACGGCGGUGACUUGCGCGUGUUCGACAUGGCCAGCGGGGCCCUGGUGCCCGUCAACGAAGCUGUGCGCCGCGCCGGGGGCCAGCUCGAACGCGUCGAGUACAACAUCAUCAGCGGGACCGACACGACGCCACUGCCCCAAUUCGAGCUCUCUCGAAUCGCGAACUCCGCAAGCGGGCCCAUGCCAAUGAUUCUGGAGCAGUCGAUGGUGCUCAGGAGCAACAGCCUGCUGGGCAACGCGGCCGUGCUGGCCAUCUCCGUCGUCGUGGGCUUGGGUAUCAUCCAGUGUGCCGUGUUCGCCGUGAUCAUCUACCGCUGCUGGCGCAAGCGUCAACAGGCGCUCAGCUCGACCCGCGAUGAGCCAGCCGGCCAGGUGCACCCCGGCGGCGGCGGCCCGUCUGCUGAGGCCGACAAUGAUGGGGACGCGGGCCCAACCGUUGGCACUCCACCCGCGCCAGCGCCCCCGCGCCUCGCCUCCAGCCUCGCCAGCGCGUCCACCAGGACCGUCACGCUGGCCGGCGUGGUGAGCGACAUGGUCGAACAGUCCGAAGAGCGCGGAAGCCCCGCCCCCGAGCCGUCCACCUGCCCCGCCACGGCCACGCCGGGCGUGCCUGUGCCGACGACCAGCGCUCGCACGCUGCCCACCCCGGCCAUGAUGUUGAUGACCGACCCGAAUAUGGUGGUCGUCGAGGAUGAGACGACGGUCGUCGCCAACAGUGCCGCCAGCGCGGGAAGGACAAACCCGAGGACUGUCAAUCCAAGGCCUGCUCAGAGCACCCUGACGGCCGUGACGCUGAUGGCCACGGCGCGUAUCCAGUCGCAGUCGGCCAAAAUGGCCGAGACGCAGCUCAGCCGUACGCCGAUGCGUAGCGACGGUACGCAAAUGGCCACCGACUGGUCGUUCCCCGCCCAGAGCACCCAGGGCUCCAAGACGGUGGUGAACAAGCGAGCCAUCGUCGUGGAGACGUGCGCCACCGACCCGACGAUCCGCGGCGUCGCCAGUCUGCCAGUGGACAGUCGGACGUCGGUGACCACACCGAUGAUGUCGACGCAGCGCCCGGGGACGCUGUCGACGAACACGGCCGGGGCCCGUCGCCACGCCACUGCCGUCCGCAUCGACAACCACGACGGCGAGACGGUCAAGAUCGACGAACCGGGCGGAGGGCCGGCUACCGCCCACAGCGUGACCACCAAGACGGCGCUGCGCUUUGGCGCCGGACGGAGUGAUGGUGUUUGGCAUCGGAACCGCCGCCCAUCCGAGGACGAGACUUCGGAAGAUGACGCCGACUCCGAGGAGGACGACUCCGAAGAGACCUCUGAUGAGGACCGCAUCCCCGCCUACUGCAUCCUAAACGAGGAGGCCAAGCACGACAAGCUGUACUACGCGUCGUCAAUGUCGGGCAGCCGCAGCGUGCACGCCGCGCAGCGCGAGGGCAGCGCGCUUCGCACUCCGCCCAGCCCGGCCGUCACGCUGCACGAUUCGGACCUGGAGACGCCGCGCUUCGAGCCCAUCCACCGUCUGCUCGAUGACAUGGUGACCACCGACUCGUCCUACAAGAUCACCACGCCCACCGGAUACGAGAAGGGGCUUUUGGACUCGCCCGCCAUCCCUUACACCCCGACCCAACCGAGCUGGAGGCUGCACCAGCAGCCCAGGGCCAACGCUGUUGAGGUUGAGCUGAUAUCUACCCGUGCCAUCGGGCCGGUCCGCUCCACCCCGAAUCCGUAUGCUACCUCAAAUGAUUCUGCCCGCUCGCUGUCCUUCUCGGUGACGUCGCGCCAGCCGCCUCCUCCAGUCAUGGCUUCCUCCUCCUCCUCAUCGACUUCCUUCCACUCGGCGGCCACCAACAACAACAACCAGCACCGCCCC